GAUUCGACCUGCUCUCGGUACGCUCUUUUAGUACCGCCCGCCAGUGUAUCUUCCAUUGCAACUUAGCUCACGGUACGACAAUGACGCAUGGUGCAUGGGCGCCUAGGAUGCACUGUGUGUGGCCACAAGCUCGACGGUCUCGCAAACAGUCCGAUGCAUUGUGCUGUAGUGUGUGGGUGUUUUAUCCUGUGAGUCCUGUGUUUUUUGCAAGGAUUUGUUUUUUCUCCCAAUCGUAAUAGUAACACCGUUGCAGCAGUUAAUAGUGUAAAUCUUUAGGUAUAUAUAAGAUUUUACAAAAGAAAAGUUACAUUUUUUGCAUUUGUUUUGGUUGAGGAACGAGAGUCAAAGACACCUUUCAUGUGGUUCGUUUUAACGACUGUGUACAAAGUUUAAAAGAAUUCUUCAUAUUAAGUGACCGGUGGAGAAGAAUCAGUAAUAUUUAUUGUCUUUUUGUAAUUUAAAAAUAUUACCAAACUUAAGCUAAGAAGCAAAGUUCCAUGAAAUUUAGUUGAUUGUUCGAUGAAAACCGAUACGAUACAAACGAUGUGCCGUUUAUUUGCAUCAUCCACAUGCUGGUGAGGUGAUAACAUGAAACGGUGGAACAGGGAACGCGGACUAAUUUAACUACGAUAAGGACUUCAACUUCGGGAGCGGUACAACUGCUCAGGCCGUAAGCGCGCAUGUGCGCCACCUCUACGAACUGACAUCAAUUGCACAAAAACACACGCACACAUACAGUACCAUUUGCAAGGCGAAUAAGGGUGGAAAAGUCCCAUUCUCCGAUGGCUCCAAUCCCUCCUUCCCGUAGCGAAGGAUGAAGCUUCCGGACGUGUCUUUAUCUUCCUCGUCUUCUUCUUCGGCGUGUCACCCAAAAACGCACCACCAUUCUGCUGACCCGGGGUACGUCCAAAGUGACGCAGUUGUAAUACGAAGUCAACCGCAUCAUUGCCAGUGGCCGGAAAGUGGCCGGCAAAAACGCCCGUAUGGCGUUGUAUCGGUAGGGCGCGGUAGCAUGGUCGUUCGUCAGCGCAGAGUUUACCGGAAGGAAGAGCGCAUCGAUAGUACGGCGGGCGAAAAUGGGUUUAUCGUGACGAUAAGACACACUGUUAUCUAACCGUUUUUGGGGCUUACCGGGCUUCGGUUGGUGUCUAGCACCGUACGGUUGAUGCUGGUGUGCGUUAAUGUUAAUGUGUAAUUAAGGGCCCGGGGGUGUAGAACCUUUGGUUUGGACGACCACAACAUUUCGUAAAUUGUGUUUAUAAAUAAAAAAGAACUCACUAUUCUGGAGGAUUAGAAGUGUUUCUUAAAAAUAAAAUCCUUUUUCGGGUGAUAUUAAUUUUAUGCACGGAAAUUGUGAAACCAAUGGAGACGCCUGGUGUUUGGAUGGAUGGCAAUGGAGACGCCUGGUGUUUCAUGCAAAAUAGAGGAACGAUCUUCAGGGGCGCGGGAGGGCAGGGUGAAAACUAUUCUUAAAAACUACAAAACAACGAGUAAACAAACUUCUAAUCGUAUAGCAUAAACAAUUUCAUAGCAUCUGCUUCAAUCAAUCAACACUCCAAACCGUCGCGGCUGCUCGUAAGCGACCGUGAAGCGUGCGUUUUACAUCAUGUUCAUUUCAUUCAUCGUUUCACCGUUAAAGCUUGAACAGCUAAUGAGCAUCUGUUUCUGCGCUUUAGCCAAAAAAUGUAAACCUGCCAAAAAAAAACAACAACAAAACACCCUACUAAGCCCUUGUCCUAAGCACUUCACGAAUAGAAUGAAUGUCUUGAACGGGGAAAACUCCCUUCGAAUAUCAAAAUGUGUGUGUGAGAGAGAGAGAAAGUCAGGUGUGUGUAAUAAAUCGCAUCCAAAUGCCCGUACAUACCAGCCGCGAUAUCCAAUAAUUCGUACGAACGCGAUUCAUUCACAAAAACGACCGUAUCACCCCUCCGUACUGGGCACCGGCGCAAUUCCAACGCAUGCGAACGCUGCUGGAAGUAAAACGGUCGGUUCCUGUUCGGAUGAACCCCCUUUUCUUUACCGGACGACGAUGGCGUACGGCUGGACCGAGUGCCGUUCGGUCAGAAGGUUUUUCGCAUCCGAUAGCGACGGCCACCGAUUCAGCUGCAGGAAAAACCCUUGGCCUGACGGGGUUGGCGUUUUAUGUUUCUUUUUUGCUUUCUAAGCACCAUCAGUGCACCAUCACCAACACCAGUGUACCGGGGUGGCAUUACGGAUCGUUGUGUUAGUGAACGGCCCAGUGCAACGGGAAGCAGAGUAAAGCCACCGAAUGUUUAACAAUUUUAUUUUACAUCGAUAAGUUGUUACUGUGUAGCAGCAGUUGUUUCCAGCGAGGGGGAAAAAACAGUGUGAGUGUGGAACGAAAAUGAUUCGGUAUUUGCACCAAAGCGGUGGAGUUUGUGAAGUUGUGUAAAUAUGUUUGUGCGUGAAUAGUUCGACUUCGGUGUGAGGUGUGUGUGUGUACAGCGCCAAGCGCCAAGAAUCAAUGUUCAGAGAUCUACCCCGGAGCAGCCGGAAAUGAAGGCUUUACCGUGCUGCAGGCUGUCUUGGUUGAAACGCGAGUGAAUGAGGAACGAGUGAAAGCUAGGAAGAAGAAAUACGCCAGCAACAAACGAAAGGAUAACAACGACCGUCUACAUCUACACGUUGAAGGAGACGCCUUGUAUUGAUGUGUUUUCCCCAGUGUGUGUGUGUGUUUGGGUGGAAUAUCCUUUUGUGAAAAGAACCUCAAAAACCUGUGCCGUAGUGCAAUGGCAAGCGAGCAACGGCACUAGCGGGUGGUGGCUAUAAGUGGUGAUUUACAUAUUAUGAUUUACCGCUCCCAGCAACGAUCAUGGAGGGCUCGAUGGUAAUAUCGAAGGAAGCGCACAACCAACCAACCCAUCGUACGUGAUCGAUUCGGGUGAUUUAACUUAGGGGCGAAAAGAAAAAACAACAAAUUGUGAACCAGCCAAAAGGUUCAGUUCACCCCCCAAUUCUCCUUCGACGCCUCACGUCCCGCUUUCUCCAGACCAACCGGAGCCGGAAUAGGAAAUUUGGUGCUCGUACCCAGUUUCGUAACUCCACACGCUAGCGCCUAUAAAACGAACGUAUGACGCGUGAAUGUGCAAACAUACUGGCAAGGUGCAGCAGCUAGUGGGGCACACGGUAUACUGCUGCAGCGCAAGGAAACGUACGGCGUCCGCGCGCGUACGAACAGUCGCCAGCAAGUGUCCGCAGGGAGAGCACGAACGAGGAACGAGCACGAUCGACAGUGUAGCAAACGGUUUGCUACAAAUCCAAGGCGGGCUUACUGCAGAAGCUGUGAAGACGAUCGAGCGGUGAUCGACCGGCUUCAGAGCCAUCGGAAAGCGCAUGGGAACCUUAACGACCUCGUCAACGACAUCAAGCUUUCCGUUAGUGAAAUCCAAAAUUGGAAGCACCAACUAUGAGGAGGAAACGACUGAAACCCGCUCGAUGACGGAGCGAAGUGGCCGAACGGACUCAAGCGGACGUUCGGCUGCCCUCGAACGAGCGUACGUGCAUGACGUUUACGAAAACUGUGAAGAACCGAAUGGGCAAAUCCGACCGAAGGUGGCACAAUUCCUGGGUGGGCUCGAACCAGGUUCACUUGUGUGCGAUGUCGGUUGCGGCAAUGGCCGUUAUCUGUCCGGCUUCAAUCCACUCAUCUACACGAUCGGUGUCGAUCGAUGCUAUCGUCUGACACAGGUUGCCCAUGGGAAAGGGGGUGAAGUAGCGAUAUGUGAUAAUCUCGAACUACCAUUCCGUGAUGAAUCGUUCGAUGCGGUUCUGUCACUAGCGGUAGUUCACCAUUUCGCCACGACGGAACGACGGGUUGGGGCUAUUCGUGAACUGGCACGUAUACUACGCAUUGGAGGACGUGUCAUCAUCACCGUGUGGGCAUUGGAGCAACGACACCGACGAUUUGAAUCGCAGGAUGUACUCGUCCCUUGGCAACCGCCGCGCACCAAAACUGGAGGCAUUUCGGACGAUGAAGAUGACGACGAUUUCUUGCCGCCGUACCACGCAUAUACGGAGGACUCGACCAACUCCAGCCGUUCGGCCGGUGAUGGCGAUAGUUCCAGCCUGUCCUCAUCAUCGCCUGGUGAAACCUGCUACAGCUUCGUACGUCGUGCAAUACAGAAACUCGCCGGUAGUAAGCGCAGUCCUUGGUUCCUGGAGUCGUGGAGCUCGCGGGAAACCAAGCACGAUAGCAGCCUCGACUACGAGGACGCGAAGGAUUUGCCCAUUGAGCUCAGGCGCCUGGAGGACUUCGACGACCUGCCGGAGCCACCGCUGUCUGCUGGGCUCAAGAGCCGGAGUCUAGGUAGUAUACUAAAUCCACCACCAAAAACCAUAGUUAGAUCACGUUCAAGUGUACCAAGUUUAGGUGCUCAAAUACCUGAAUCGAAAGCGACCCCCGCCGCGGAACCGACGCCAGUGUCCCGCCGACCAAAGCUUGUGAAACAGAAACAGUCACUGUGCGACGAUGUAGACUAUAAGUUUUCCGAUUCCUCCGCACAAGCCUACCGGGAGCAUGCGCUGCGCAAUGAGUCGCGCGUGCAGCUACUGCGCAAGCAAAGCUCACUGAACGAGGAGCUAAUGGCGGAAAGCCGGUUGCGCGAGAAGGAGCGCAUCCGGAAGCGCAUCCAGAAGCAAAUUUCACUGAACGAAAGCUUCCUGUGCCGGUCACUCUUUACCAAGCGGUUGCAGGUGAUCAAGGAGGGAUUCGCGACCAAACUUAAAACAUCGACCGGCAGUCUCGAACGCGUCACGAAGAAUGGGUUCGUUAAGAUUAUACAAAACAUUAAGGCGGCAACCCCGGCCGCGUAUCACGGUGGACCGGCCGGCAGUAGUGGUGCCGGUGGUGGUCAUCCACAUCACCAUCAUCAUUCACACUACCAUCACCAUCAUCACCAUGCAAACCAUCAUCAUGCACACCACCUUCAUCAUAGUCCGCACGGGCCGCCUAGUGGCCGGUCACCGUACUGUUACGAUCCGGGCGAUUGUGGAACCUGUCCGAGCGGAUGCUGCCUGGCAGGAGUACACCCGGAACACGGUGGAACGGGUCGGUUUGGGGGGUCGGGUGGACACCACCGAUUGUCGCGCAAUAACUCUGCCAGUGGCAGCGGCACCAGCAGCAACGGUAGCAAUGGCAAUGGUUUAGGCAGCAAUGGUAACGGCUCCAUCGGUCACGAUAAGCUCCUGGCGUCGAUGGGCACCAGCCAGGAUGAGGCGUCCAAACCGAGGCGACACUCGCGGGAAAGUGGUUCCGACAGUUUUCGUUCUACUUUCAUUAAACGGCAACGUUUUGCGGAUUCGUCCAAGGAUAGUAGUCUUCAAAGUGAUACCAGCAUCGAGUCGGAGGAUAGUUUUGCAUCUGUGAUUUACAUUCCGAAACCAGACCAACAGCAGCAGCAGCCACAACAGCAGCAGCAGCAGCAACAGCAGCAAGUCCAAUCGAACGGUAGCUGUGGAGUUGCCGGUGGUGCUAAUGGUAAUAGUACGUGUGGUAGCGUUAAUGGUGCUAACGCUGGUACGAACAGUGUAACCGAUUUCUUCAGCCCCGGAGCAGCAAUAAACUGCAUGCCUUCCUCAUCAGUGCCAACAUCUCCAUUGGUGAUGCCUUGUCCUACACCGGCCCACUCUCCAGCACCGCCACGAACCAAAUCCGGUUGUGUGGCUGCUGCUUCCGAUUCCGCAGACGGGCACGUAUGUUUCAAUCCGACGUCAAACGAAAGUAGCAAUCAAUUUACGUUCGAAGAAACUGUCAUACUACCCUGGCAACUCGAGCAACAGGAAACGACAGUUAAGGACCCUGCGACGACCAGCAUAGGAGGCGUAACUUCAACCUCCAGUGCCACCACGAUGCACGAGUCGGUGGCUUGCUCAAUAUCUACCAGUAACACGAUCACCACCAGCAUGACCAUCACACCACCACCCAGUACCUGCUCAGGCAAAUCUGCUGCUCCACCAGAGACUACGAGCAGAAGAAACUCCAACACGGAGCCAACAUCACACAGUUCACCGCAAAAGCCAAGCUCACAAAAGAUCACACGCCAGCAGAUUAAAGAUUUGCCUCCGAUACCCAAAUUCCGGCGCAGCGGCAACUAUCCCAUCCUGCGCCGGCAAGCUUCGGCAGCCGCUGGCAGUAGUACAGCUGCUCCCGUACCAGUGCCAAAGCUUCUUUCGCUCGAACUGUUUAACCCCGAGACGGAUGAUCUGGACAGUGACUCGAGCGAACCGUCUUCACCGGACUCGAUAGAUAGCGUGAUCAGUGCACUCAGACCGUCCCUAUCACCGUUGCCCGUUACCAACCCUGCCGGCACUGGGCAGCAUAAAGUACAUCCCAGUGGGUCGGGUGUAUCGGAUCCUUCUGCUGCUGCUGGUGUUGGAGUUCCUGCUAUACCGCCACUGGUUGAAGCAGCCGCUGUUGUAGCGCACAAGCUGGAAGACGUAGUAGACAUGGCUAUACCCGAACGAAUUGGUGCCGAUGGCAAACCGUUACGAUUCAAUGGUCUGCUGAACGCAACCGCUAGCUCAACCACACUUCACAAUGCCGAUGUGGACGAGCACAACUCGCGCCAACAUCUGGUGGAGUUCGCCGAAAAACUUAGUGCUCAGCUCUUGAAGGAGCUCGAAAACGAGAAGAAGCGCAACGAAAGCUUCGACGAAGACGACGACGUAUUCGGCGUCGAUAGCAGAGUACGUCCCAGUUCUGCACUCGGUUCACCCCCGAUUGUUGACCCAUAUCUUAAGAAGCUCAACGGGGAUCUGCGAGAUCUAAAUCAGCUACGGGCGGAACUUCGAGAACGAAGACUUAUGUUAGCGAACCUUUCCAAUUUGGGCUCGGGCGUCGGUUUGAGUGGUCAGUUUGGUGGCAGCAAUGAUUCACUCGGCCCAAGCUACGGAUCUUCGAUGGCACCGAUCAUUCAGGAAGAAACGGAUGACGAUGAAGAGUUCAACGAGCUGGAGGAUCGCCGUUGUAAUGGAAUGGAGAGUUUAUCCGGCGGUGGACAACCGUUGGCAGGCCCGAGCGUACUGAAGGUAACGUCCAGCAUAAAGUGUAAGAAUCUCGGUGGCAAAACUGUGGACGACUUUGUCAUCAUACCGGAGCUGGAUGAAGACGAUCCAGAACAGUCCAACGAUACGACUUUGCUAAUACAGGAAGAGGAUAACUCCGAGGAGCAUCCUCACACGUCCGAACCCGAGCGUUCUUUGGGAGCGGUUGGGACAGGCGCGACUCACAGUACAAUCGACAGCUACAGACGACGUUGCAAGGUGCCUAGUUUUAACAAUCCGAAACCGCUGGUAGGCGGUGACAUCCAGCACGGUAGCAGCAGUAGCAGUAACAGUAGCAGCAGUAAAGAUACCACUGACCAAUGCGGACGGUGGAAUUUUGCUCCGGUGUCGAUCACUCCACUCACAACGUUAACAACGACGACGACGACGACAACGACGACAACGAUGCAAGCAUCAACGAGCUCACUGACAGGUCACAGCACUGGAGGAUGCACAUCCUCCGCGGCGCAUAUUUCGGGGCCGCCAAACAGCUCGGGUCUAUCGAUUUGUGGCGCUGAACGCAAACCUCUCUCAGCAACAAAAAAAUCCUCAAUGCCCUCCUUUGAAUCUCAUGCCAGUGUGGACUCGUGGGCCCAUUCGACCAGUACCGCGUCCCUGGAUAGUCCUUCGAUUGGAGGUUCUGCGACGCACCAUCGAUAUUAUCACGUGUUCCGGGAAGGUGAGCUUGAUGCGCUGAUCAAUCACCACGUUACGAGUCUGCACAUCGUUUCCUCUUACUACGAGCGAGCGUCCUGGUGUGUGGUAGCGGAAAAAGUACACGUAUGGACAAUUUAGAAGCUGCAGGAGUUGAAGUUCUCUUUUUUCGUGCAACAGGCGCUGCUGACGGAAAGGUUUCGUUCGAAAGCACAAAUUUUUGCAGUCAACCAUAGCUUGAAGAUCAUUUAUUGCAUAUUUUCACUGAAGUACAGUCGAUACAGAAAAAGGCCUUUUCAACUGUCGAGUUCAAACUUUUAGUUAAAACACGAGGACAUUUGUAGGUACAGUUCAACACAAAACUCUACAAUGACUUUACAAUAGCGUCUUUCUGCUUUAAGUAAUUGGCUAACGUGACAUGGCAACGAAAAAGUGAAUCGAAAACAUAAAACACUUACCUAAAUGUAACCUAAAACUAAGCAGCGAAUAUCGCAGAAGAAAAAAACCAGAAGAAGAAGAAAACCGAACAACAAAACAACAUCAGAUCAGCAUUUUCCUAACCCGACCACGCAACCAAUAUCAGUAAUGGACGAAAGCAAAGUGAGAGAUGAUCCCGCCGGGCUUCAUCAAAAAAACGAACCGCAAAUCGCACACUGAUGCGUUGACAGGUAACUGUGUAUUACAUUAAAAAUAAUCUCUGUGAUUGAUCUAUAUUGACUUGAAAACAUUAGUAUUAGAACAGAAAAGAGAAAGAGAGGGAGAGGUAAUUACAAGCCAUACUAAUAAUAUUACUAAUACACGUAUCGUAUACUACGAGGUAUGUUGAUGAAUGAUGUUAAAAAAUCUAAUGAUUCCAAGGAGAAAACCACAGGAAGGUAGAUAUUCAAAUAGCUCCCAUUGGUUUCCUCCUUUUCUCAGUUCAAAUUCGUUUCGAAAUUCGAUCAUAAAAAAUAUAUGUGAAUACGAAACAGAAUGCGGAAAGCUGUAAAAUUACAUCAAACACUUUUCUUCACAAUCUUUUCAAUUUACGUUUCGAUAGAAUCUGGUACAAUUUAAAAAAAAAAAACAAAAAACUUCUUAUAAAUGUUUAAUCUGUAAAAACGAAUAUACCUUUACCAUUUGUUUCAACUGCUACUAACUUUAUUAUUUGAAAGACAUGAUAUCAGACGUUGUGAUUUUGCAAAUUCUUUAUUGCUCUUAACAAAACUUCAUGACUUCAUCCACUACCUAGCUUAUAUCUCAUCGGGCAAAGCUGUGAAAGAUUUAUAUUGAAAGAGAGAGAUAAUUACUCAACACGAUUGCAAAUUAAAGAAAUUGUCGUUGGUUUCAUUUAAUACUUUAAACUUUUAUGUUUGCUGUUCUUUAGGUUCAAUCGAAAUAUAAAAACAAAACACUUGCACUUACCGAUAUCAAUGCUAAGAAACAUUUUUUCAUCUUUCAUGACUAAAACUUUCUUAUGUCUUUUAAACAGCCAACAUGUUUUCCCAAGAAACAUUUGUUGUAGAACUUCACAUUACAGAACAUAUGCUAACUUAAACUCUGAAGAACCAAUUUGUAAAAAGCCGUUAAAGUCUAUGCAACGAAUGUUAUCUUUAACACAAUUUUCCAACAUUGUUAUCUGUUAUACUAUUGCUUAGGAAGGCUUUUAUUUUCAAUAACAAAAAAAAAACCAUACAUCCAGCACUAUUAGCAAACAAACUCAUCAGACAAUGAACGUGAUAACGCAAUCAAACACAUUCCUUUCGCAGUAGCAUAUCUUUUCCUAUUUCUUGCUCCGCACAAGGAAUACAUUUUGUGUUUGAAAUUAUUGUUUUAUGAAAUUUAGUUGCUUAACAAAUCUAAUGCUAUGGUGUUUAAUUUGCAAAUCCUCAAACGAAGCUACCUGCUAGCAAAGAAACAGUAUGGCCUACCAUUCUCUUUUAAGUGUAAAGCUCCGUAGAAAUAGAAUUAGUAAAAUCCCCGUUCUCCACAAUGAUGCACAAAAAUCAGUGAAGCUGUGGAAAAUUUUGAUGGUGUACAGUUGGGCGAAGAAAACAAAAAUAAAUAUAUUCACUGAAACUAGGGGCCUCGUGUGCAGCCUAGAGAACUAUGCGCUCAAACAUGGGAAAGACUUUUCUUUCUUUCCUUGUUUCAUUAACGUUUUUUCUGUGCGAAACACAAGCCAAGUCAUAUAUAACUAUCCGUUACACAACGAAACAAUGAAAACGCUAAAUAAAAAAAAAUAUGAAUAACAAUCAUAUCAAUCAAUUUCCAUAACAUUUAGGAAAAGGGGGGGAAAGUUAUAAUCUCAAAAUGAUACAGAUCAACAAAACACUCGCAAAGCCAAAGAACCGAGCGAAACGAAACGAAACAAAAGAUGUCACAAAGAAAAGAAAAAAAAAGCGCACAGAAACAAAAUGGUAAAUGUAUUGAUUGCUGGUAAAAGAGAGAAGAAGAGAGAGAGAGAAAAAUACAUAGCCCUAAUACAAUCUAUCCAAAAUAUACACAACAUACGAGAAACACAUCAGUUGUCUAAGAAACAAAGAAACAAAUUCAUUUCAGUGCGAGCAUAAUCACUACAAACCGCAAGUAUUACAAGCCACAAUCAAAAACAUAAGAAUGUGUUGCAAUUUUAUUAUUCUUUUUUUUCUCUCUCUUUUUGGAGCAUUUGAAAAAAUAAACAAAACAGUUUCAAUUCUGGCCUAUGUAAAAGCAGAGCGAUCGAUAGCACGCAUUAUUGUGUAAUUUAAAAGAAAUAAAAAAAAAACUGUAUAAAUUCCAUCAUUGACAAUUGAUAAUUAACAUGUACAUGUUGAACUGUCUCGAAAUUGCGAACAAUAAUUAUUAGCAUUUUUACUCUUGCAAUUUAUUACGUGCUUAUUAUCGGUAAGAUCAUAGACGAUCAAGUAAAAUAAAACCAGGGUACGCUUGUUCUUUCUCUUCCUCGUUGAAGUAAUCGAUAAUAUUCGUUACAGCGGUAAGAAAAAGAAAAAAGUACAUCAAAAUCAUUAUUCUUUAAAAAAAAUGGCGCAUUAUCAGUGGCUUUAGAUAAAAACCAUUUCAAAUAUUUUCCAUAAAAUGUUACGCAUAAUAAAAACUUUUUUUUAUGUUUACAGCAAACUAUACAGUCAUUUACAGACACAAGUGUAGGCUACAUUUCACACGAACAUUCUGUUUUUAAUUCUGUGCCGAGUGCGCAACCAUGGGAAUUACAUGUUUUUGGUCAAUAAAAUAAAAAAAAAAUACUCGAGUAUAACGAGUUUCCGAUAUAGUGAAUGUAUAAAAAAAGUGAGUAGAAACGUAAAUCCCGAAAACCCUGUACAUUUUAGCUAAAUGAAACGAAUUAUAAAAAAAAGAUAAAGCGCGUAUCAGAAAUGAUGAAUAAGCGAAAAGCGAAUCUAAAGACCAUGGAAACCCUAGCUUGGAUAUAAGGUACCGUAGAUGUAAUUGAAAUGUAUGUUUUUUUAUACCUACAGGAGAUACAGACAACAGCAACAAAGCAAAAACUAUUCAACUGAGUAUGAAUUAUUGAAUCUAAUCUUGAAUAGCAAAGCUUUCCAUUCGAGCGUCGAGACUAAAUUGAGAUUCAUUACAUUCUUUCGAGUACCAUUGUACUCUAUGUGCUGUGUUGAGGGAGGAAAUGGCAAACAAUAUAAAACAUACAGGAAAGAAACAAAAAAAAACAAUAGAAACUAACAAAACCAACAAACAAAGUGAAACAUGAUCACUAACAAAUGGUAAUAACAAAAAGAAAAAAAAACCUACCCCAACAAACUCCCAACAAAAAAAGAGAUGAAAACCACACACAUAUAUUGCUCUAAACAAGUUAUGCACAUGCCGCUCUAUACACGCUGCUACUACAAUAACGCCUUUAGACGUAGACGGCGGUUGCAGAUCAUUUUUCGUACUCGAAACACAGAUAUGAUCCAUUUCGUUCCUUGCCAGCAAAACGUUUAUUCUCACGGCACGCGCUGUGCAGGCCCUUUUUGCCUUCCAUCCCCCCCCCCCCCGGGGGAAGGGCAAACUUCUAUUUGCGUGCGCGCGUAAUUAGUUUAAGAAACGCAAAGAAACUAUAACCCCAAAAACCUAGGAUUCUCGAUAAUAAACAAAAUAAAACAUCGUCUAUCAUUUGUUUUCUCGAGCAAGCGAGAGAAAAGAAAAAAGAAACACACAACAGAAAACCCAAAACCCAUUGUAGCGAAACUCCUAAAGCUAUAAGUAAUGUUAAAUAAUUAAAAAAACUAACGAAUGAACUAGCUAAAAUUAAUGCAUUAACGCGAAAGCGGCACGAACAAAGCGUGACCAUUGUUGCAAAAAAAAGUGGGGGAAAAUAUGUUGCGGAAUGUAAACAAGAAACAUUAGAACAAGAAGGAACAAACAAAAUAAACAUUACUACGAAAAAUGUCGCCUGUAUAUUCCAACUAUAUUGAA